AAACGAAGAAAACGCCAUUGCAGAACGCGAGAGCGAGGGACUGUGUCAGCUUGCACUAGAGGGAGAGAGUGAUGCAGAAGAGAGACCAGAGCAAGUCGGGUGGAGCCGGCGGCAGCUCGUCGGCUCCACCGGCGAAACGAGGCCGUCCUUUCGGUAGCAGCAGUACCAGUGCCGCCGCCGCCGCCGCAGCGGCCGCCGAUUCGGCUGCUCCGUCGACUAUGCUCGGUCCAUCCCUCCACGUCCAUAGCUCCUUCGCUGACCAAAACAAUAAAAGAAUUGUCCUGGCUCUUCAAAGUGGUCUGAAGAGUGAGCUGACCUGGGCAUUGAAUACUCUUACACUGCUAUCUUUCAAAGAGAAGGAUGAUAUGCGCAAAGAUGCAACUCCCCUUGCUAAAAUUCCUGGUUUGCUUGAUGCACUUCUCCAAGUUAUAGAUGAUUGGCGUGACAUUGCACUCCCAAAGGAACUAAUUAAGACACGAAGAGUCAGAUCAUUAGGUGUGAAUUCCAUUGUAACUGGAUUUGGGAAUGAGUAUGAGGCAUUGGGUUCAAAUGGUACAUUAGGCCAAUCAUCUGGUCCUACUGGUACAGAAUCAAGACAGCAGAAUGGCAUGACAAAAUCUCGUCUUUCAGAGCUGUGGUUUGAUGAAGACUCUCUGUUUAAUUUAGAUGAUGAAGGGAGAUCAGAAAGACAACAGUGUGCUGUUGCUGCUUCAAAUAUCAUCAGGAACUUCUCUUUUAUGCCAGACAAUGAAGUUAUCAUGGCCCAACAUCGGCAUUGUUUGGAAUCAGUCUUCCAAUGCAUAGAAGGUUACAUUGUAGAGGAUGAGGAACUUGUCACAAAUGCGCUAGAGACAAUUGUUAACUUGGCUCCACUAUUAGAUCUUCGAAUAUUUAGUUCAUCCAAGCCAUCAUUUAUCAAAAUAACAGAGAAACGUGCUGUUAAAGCCAUCAUGGGUAUGCUGGAAUCUACAGUCAAAGUUUGGCAUUGUGCUGCUGCAGAAUUACUUGGUCGUUUGAUCAUCAAUCCUGAUAAUGAGCCUUUCUUGCUUCCUUUCUUUCCACAGAUACACAAACGUUUAGUUGAUCUUAUCAGCCAACCAGCAUUUGAUGCUCAAGCAGCUGCUGUAGGUGCACUCUAUAACCUUGCUGAGGUCAAUAUGGACUGCAGGUUGAAGAUUGCAAGUGAGAGAUGGGCCAUAGAUCGGCUGCUUAAAGUGAUAAAGGCACCACAUCCUAUUCCAGAAGUUUGCAGGAAAGCUGCCAUGAUAUUGGAGAGCCUAGUUUCAGAGCCUCAAAACAGAACAUUGUUGCUAGCUUAUGAGAAUGCCUUUGCUGAGGUUCUUUUCACUGAUGGCAGAUUUUCUGAUACAUUUGCGAGGAUACUAUAUGAAUUAACGUCCAGACCAAGCAACAAAAUAGCAUCAGCUCGUGGCAUAUGGGGUAUGUAACUUUAAAACUGGCAAGUCUUGAUUUGAGAUAUGGGCUUUGGCUUCUCCAACAUGUUUGGAUUCUAAAUGUAAAAUUUGUCUGUCUUGUGUGUAAAAUUAGUGAACACUGAAUAUUUUUCUUUUAAAAUGGUUAUUAGGACAAUUUUAUCAUUAAGAAAUCUGUAAUGUCAAGGACUUUUAGGCAGCGUUUGGAUUUAUAAAUUUAAUUUUUGAUUUUA